AUGGCGACAAUACACCUCUGUCUUCUCCUCAUGCUGUGUUUGGGAGUCCACUCUUCAUCUUCAGAAAUUUUGAAGCGACACAAAAGAAACUGGAUCAUUGAUUCCUUUAAAAUCGACGAAGGCUAUAAAGGAUCUUUCCCAUACGUACUGGGCAAUAUUAUAAUUGAGAAGAACUACACCUUUUUCGAGAUAAGCGGUCAAGGUGUUGAAGCAGACCCCAAGGGCAUAUUAAAAAUUGAUGAACGCACAGGGAUUAUUACAGUCCACAAACCUGUCAACUUUGAGGACUACGAAGUUUUACAGCUACAGUUCAAAGCACUUGACAGAUCCAGUAGAGUCGUAGACACGCAGCUGGGCAUUGAGAUAUUGAUUAUCGACGCCAAUGAUAACCCUCCAAAGUUUUACAAAGAAAUUUACGAGACCAGCAUAAAAGAGGCAACAUUACAAGGCACUGGCAUAACUACAGUUAAUGCAAACGAUGAUGACAGAACUGAGAAGUUUAAAUUAUUUGAUUUAAAGAUAGUCUCAGUCAGUCCUCAACCAUCCGAUCUGGAGUUCUACAUAACUCAGGCCCCUCGAACUGGAAGAAAUACUCAGGCCUCUCGAACUGGAACCAUUUCAUUUAGAGGGUGUCUGGACCAUGAGGUGAAAGAUAAAUACACCAUUAUAGUGGAGGCCAAAGGCCAUGGAGAGGAAACACAGUUAUCCAGCUCCUGCACCGUCAUAAUCAACAUAGAAGAUGGAAAUAACCAUCUGCCCGUUAUAACUGGACAAACAGGUUCAGGGAGAGUGAAAGAAGGAGAGGAAAAAAUAAUUAUUAAACGUGUGCAAGUUUCGGACCAAGACACCGAAGGUACACCGGCAUGGAAAGCCAAGUAUCAAAUUCAAGGAGACAAAAACAACAACUUCGAUAUCACUACUGAUAAUAAGACCAAUGAAGGAAUACUGUCUGUUGUAAAGCAUCUGAACUUCGAAGAUGGUAAAAUGAGGAAUCUGACUAUCAGUGUAGAGAAUUUGAUCCUCCCUUCCUUUUGUCAAGUGGUGCGACGCACCACCUCUGGUCUAUGGGAAGUAAACACUUCUGGCAGUGCGACCGGGACAGGGACAUUUGUUCCGGCCUCCAGCCAAGUGACAGUGACUGUGGAGGAUGUCAACGAGGCUCCAUUCUUCAAACCGCCUACACAAGAAGCUACGGUGGGCGAGAAUGAAGAGGCUGGAAAGUAUCUGGCUACAUUUACGGCAAAAGACGCUGACGGCAACACAUUUAUAUACAAGAAGGGACACGAUCCAGCUGAUUGGAUUACAGUGGACCCCAAGAACGGAAAAAUAACCACGAUAAAGUCCUUCGACAGGGAGUCGGAAUAUGUGAAAGACAAUGUAUAUAUGGUCAAGAUAUUAGCUAUCGACAAUGGUCAGCCGCCAAUGACAGGCACUGCAACCAUGACAAUCCAUAUAACAGAUGAGAACGACAAUACCCCAUUCCUGAAUGUGAGCAUCUUAGACGUGUGCCAAUCUGAUGGACUCUCGCUGGCCAACAUCACUUGCUCGGACCUGGAUGAAGACCCCUACGGUGGACCGUUCACCUUCAGGCUCCAGGAAAAAGAGAAGGGCAAGUGGAAGCUUGACCCAACGCAAGGGUAUACAGUCAACCUGGUGAAAGAGCCCACAGUUCAUUCAGGAGAAUAUGAGUUGUUGCUGGAAGUGUUUGACCGUCAGGGUGAGAGAUCUGCACACAACAUGUCAAUUACUGUGUGUAAUUGCGUGGACCCGGCGAGGCCAAACUGUCGCACCCGCAAAGCUGCCAGCCCCACCACAGGGUAUGAAUUCCAAACCGAUAUCGGCAUAAAGACAAGUGACUUCAUGAAUAAGAGGCUGUCCAACCUCCAGGCACCAGGAGAGGAGCUGGUGGAUUACGCUCCUCGUGAGUAUGCUGAGGAGGGAGACACGACGAACAGCGUUGAGCUUGAUGCCAUCUCCAUCCUUGACAUUCCCCUUGACCCAGACUUGGACAUGGACCUGGAUUACAAGUUCAAUGGGCGGGGGAGGGUUCGCAGGAGGAACAUCCAGCUGGAGACUGAGGCUGCAAAGACCGGAGAGAAUAUUCACGUCUCCCACAGAGUCCUUAAGGAGAGGAACAUACCAGGUGGGAGAGCUCUAGCUGUGUCUCAGACCUUCAUGAAGCGAAGGGUUUAUGCCAUCUUUGCGCGGCAGUGGCCUGACCAGGUGGAAGCUCACACAUGUUAG